GCUAAUGUUAAUAUGAGUUCGUAUAAGGUACAUGGUAAAACAGAAUUACCGCUAAUGUAUCUUACUGACAAUCGAGAAAAAAUUUGGGAAAGAUUUCAUGCCGAAUACCCAGAAGGUCUCGGCCGCACUGCAUUCUUGGAUCGAUUACGUCAAGGACCGUUCACUUUUAAGGAGGAUUUGGGCAGGUUAUGUAUAUUAUAUAACCAUUAUGGAUAUGAAAGUUUUCAUAAAUUGUCAAAUCUUGUAAUAAAAAAUGAACUUGAAAUCUCAAAACAGACUAAAUCU